AUGGAAUUAAAAAUUGAAGAACUAAAUCAGAAAUACAGAAUGUUUCGAAGAGAUGUAGAAAAUUAUAAUACUAAAUUUACUUAAAACUUUAAAAAUUUUUAUUAAUAUGCUAUUGCAGCUGGAGAGGAGGAUUUUUAGAAAGGAAUUCAGGCAACUAAGAAACUGAAAAAUUUAUUAGAUGCAUAGGUUGAAUCAUCAAAAUAUGCUAAUUAGAUCAUUGUUAAAGAAGCUUUCGAGAGGUAAAAAUGAUAUAGCAAAAUAGUAUGUAAAUAUUAAUUACGAUUCUUUUAUAAAGUUCUAGAUGGUAAGAUAAUAAUGCUGGAAUUUGGAUUUUAAUAGUAAUAAUCCUGUUUAUAUUUUAUAGUGUUAUUUUGAAUCAUAAUAUAAAUUCUUAGAUAUUUAAAAAUUAAGUUAAAUUAUAAAACUUAAUUUAACAUAAUAUUUGGAAGAAUCAGAGGAGAUUUUUUAAGAAAAUAUAUCAAAAUUAUUAUCAUUAUUGAAUUAGAAUGAUAUAUUUUAAAUACCAGAAUAUUUAGUAAUUUAAGAAAAGCUUAUUUAAAGUAUGAAUUCAUCAUUAUAAUUGUCUGAAAAGUUUUAAGAUUAUUUUCAAGUUAUAAUUAAUUACUUAAGUAAUAUAAAUUCUAUAUAAAAUAGAUUAAAAUAAUCAUAAUUUCAUUGGGUUGCAUACUUCUAAAGUAGAUGUUUAAGAGAAAUAUUUUUCAAAGAUUCAAUUAAGUCCAUUAUUAUAAAUAUUAAAAGAACUUAAAACUAAAACUAAUAAUAAUAAUUACAUUGAUUUGUUAUUGAAAUGCUGUUUAGUUAAUUAAAAGUAAACAUAAUUAUCUGCUUUUAAUUUAUUGCUUCAAGUAGAAGAUACUGAUUAAAAUGAUUUCAUUGAAGUUUUAAGAUAUUCUUUAUUACAUAAUAAUUUUGAAAUAAUCAAAUUAGGAACUUAGUUAGCAAAAUAAGUUAUUAAGAAUUUUGAAUGUAAUAAACUCUCUCAUAUCAAAUUGCUAAUCUUUUUAAAUUAAGAUUUAUAAGCUCCUGUAAAAGAAACUUCAGUUGAUUUACUCGAAAAUAAAUUUAAGAUUCCUAAAAUUGAUUCUAUUGUCAGAGAUAAUAUGACAUUAAUAUUAAACAUAUGUUCAAUUUAAGCUUAAAACAAAGAUUAGAUUUUUCGUCAAUAAUCAUGGAGAAAUUUAUUUAGGGCAAUAAAAGCACAAAGCAAUGAAGAGCUAUCUUAGAAUAUAGAAUAAAUUAUUAAAAUAUGUUAAACUGCAUAAAAUGAAACUGAUGAAGGGGCUUUCUUUUAUUUUUUACAUUUUUUUGACUAAUUAAUAUAAAAAAAACAAGAUUUAGAUAAAAAUUAAAAAUUUCUUUUUGCUAAAAUCAUAUGUAAUUUUAUUGGUCAAUUUAAAAGUCAGCAAACUACGGAUAAGAUUGUUAAGGUAUUUAAAAUUUUAGAUUUUAAUGAUGAAUAACUUUCUUAAUUAUAUAGUUAAAGUGAUGUUUAAAAUUCUAAAGAAUUUUAACAAUCUUGGAGAGAAUUAAGAUAAUAACUAUAAACACAUAAAUAAAUUAAAAAAUGA